AGGUGGGGCAGCGCAGGUGCGCCUACCUGUCGGUUCUUGUGGUCCACCUGCCCACGUUGGAGGGGGAGGAUGCGGUUGCGCUCAGGGGUCUUCGCCUCCUGCUGCCUGCUUGUGCAGGCGUUGGGGGUCGGGCUUUUCCUGCGAGGCUUCUUCCCGUUGCCGGUGAGGACCUUACCUCGGAAUGGAGCAAUCUCUGAGCCGCCCCCCGAGCCGCCCCCGGCAGGGCUGUCUUCCAACUGGACCAAGAUUCCACCUCCUCUCUUCAAGAAAGCUGUCAUCAUGUUAAUUGAUGCCCUGAGGGAUGACUUCGUGUUUGGUUUGAAAGGAAAACAGUUCAUGCCCUACACAACACAACUGAUAGAAAGAGGGACAUCCCAUAGUUUUAUAGCCGAAGCCAAGCCGCCUACUGUCACCAUGCCUCGGAUUAAGGCCUUGACAACCGGCAACAUCCCAGGCUUCAUUGAUGUCGUCAUGAACCUCAACUCUCCGGCCUUGCUCGAGGACAACCUGAUCUGGCAGGCCAAAACGGCCGGGAAAAGGAUGAUCUUCUAUGGUGACGACACCUGGGUUCGUCUCUUUCCGAAGCAUUUUGCAGAGUAUGACGGGACGACGUCUUUCUUUGUCUCAGAUUACACGGAGGUGGAUAAUAACGUCACCCGACAUUUAGAUCAUGUCCUGAAGAGGGACGAUUGGGAUUUGCUCAUUCUUCACUACUUGGGGCUGGAUCACAUUGGCCACCUGAGUGGACCCCACAGCCCUUUGGUAGGGCCGAAGCUUUCUGAGAUGGAUAACAUCAUCAAGAAGAUCCACACUUCGCUCCUCUCCAAGGAGGGAGAGGUGACUUUGCCCCGCUUACUCGUCGUGUGCGGUGACCAUGGGAUGUCGGAAAUGGGGAGUCAUGGUGGGUCUUCAGAGGGUGAGGUGCACACUCCCCUGCUUUUCAUCAGCUCUGCCUUCGACGGGAGAAACGGUCCUCACAAACCGACAGAGCGUGUUCAACAGACCGACUUAGCUGUUACCCUGGCAAUAGGCCUGGGCUUGCCGAUCUCCAGGAACAGCGUUGGGAAGCUCCUUCUGCCCGUGGUGCAGCAGAGAACGAUGAGGGAACAGCUGCGGUACUUGCAUUUGAAUGGGUUCCAACUUAGCGCGCUGCUUCAAGAAAACACUCCGGCCUAUGAAAAAGGCAAGUAA